AUGGUCAAAAGGUUUUACACAGCAGCAAGAACACUGCAACGUGCUGUGAACCAUGUCAACAAUGCUAAAACCGUGACACCAGCAUCAUUAACGGCUGAAAAGCAUAUAUAUGAAAGGGCAGGACAAGUAGAACCAGGGCUGGAAAUAAAAGGUCUUUCAGACAUAGAAGCUGGUCUCAAGGAGCGGUAUUACAAUAAUUACUUGGUCCCAUCGAGAGACUGGUGCAAACAUAAUGGAAUCAACUGGUCUGGAAUUAAAGAUUGUCUGAACAUGGACCUUCGAUCAUUGUCUUUUAAGCAUCAAAAAAACCUGGAAUGGUACAUAGACGAUAAACUUUUCGAUUCGAAAAAACGCGAGUUUCGUAUUCUUCCUGAACGGCUUUUGCAAACACCCCUCGGCGUGGGAGAUGUGGUACUACUCCGAUCAAACCCAUCACAGCUGUGCAUGUGCGUCGAGGUUCCUACGGACGUAGAAAACCCGAGUUACGCUUUCGCAACUGUAGAUGGCCACAUCAAAUUCGGCAUGCGUAACAUGGUGCUUUUGAGAAUGCCUUCGUUCCACGAUAAAACGGUCGAUUAUCUCAUCCGACAGGAAAGUCCAUAUCAAGAGACACGAGUGGGCACAGUCAAAGACGACCCGAAAAAGACUUACAUUUUGCCGGUGCUAGCACGUCUGCUUUACACGUCUUACGUGCCUUUUGAGAUUACGAAAGAGGCAUGGACACGGAUGGCAACGGUUACCAAAAAACUGGAGCUUUUGCAUAGGUAUCUGCAACGCAGUUCUGGGCCGUGGCAGGUAUCCAUGUUCAAACUGUGCGAGUUAGUGUCGCUUAUAGACUUAGAAAAAAGUCGCUCCUCGCCUACUAAUGAAUACGUUGAAGAACUACUCACCAACGCCGAUGUAAUAUCGCACCAUGGCGUCUCUCAUCGGAAACCACAAAACACUGAGAAAACCAGCCACAUCGAUGCGGCCACUUUUCUCGCCACAUACUGGGCUGUGGUUCAGCAACAGGAGCAUAACCUAUGGGGAGAAAUCCAUCUGCAUAGAGCGAUGCUGACGCCGAUAAGUGUUACUGUACUGCCUUUGAGAACACGUCAUCUCUACUACGAAGCUGUUCUCAAGGAGUUGAAGAAGAACAAUUACGCCGAGAUUUCGCGAUUUGCUCACCACGUUAAUUCAAAUGAUCUGAAGUCGGCUAAAGACAACCAUCCCAAAAUUCUUCAGUUGUUACAAGACUACGCCGCUGGAAAUUUUCCGAAAAACGGUGCUAUCGUAACUAUGAUUUCGAGACUUUUCCGCAAACUCGAGCACUUUAAAAGCCAAGACAUCACCCGAGACUUAUGCCAUUCCUUAUUACAAAAGUUGGAGCCUGACUCACAUUCUAAUCCAUUACUCCUCAAUGAUGACGUUAAAUCACCAACUACUUCUGGCUCUCUUGAUCAGAAAAUUUUUGAUUUGACUCCACCCCGUCAAGUUCAAGAUACCUCAAAGAGGCACAAUUUUGGCGACAUGAAUGUUUAUUGCAUUGACUCGGAAGACGCGCAUGAAAUUGACGAUGGCAUUUCGAUCAAGAUGAAAAGCCCGACGACGUUUGGACUGUAUAUUCAUAUUGCUGAUCCUACACCUUUGUUUGCAGGUAGCAUUCAAGAGUGUCCAGACAACGAAGUCUGGAAAAUUGCAUUUGCACGAAGCUUUACGAGCUAUCUGCCGGACCGUGUGACCCCUAUGCUGCCAAAAACUUUCAGCAAGACCGGUGAUCUUGGCAAAGAUGGUGUGGCAUCCAGGACACUGACCGUUUCUGUGGACGUUGAUUGUCGGGGGGAUCGAUUGACUAUUUUGGAAGAUACCUUCAAAAUCGAAAAGGGUUUAGUGUCAAAAUUUCCGCGGGUGACGUACAAGAGCGUCGAUCGCUUGUUGCAGAAAAAAGGGGAUUCUACGGGCGAAAAGCAAGAGCUUUCUCAGAUUCUCAAAGUUGCGAAGAUGCUGCGGAAAAAAAGAGUGGAAGAAGAGGAUGCCAUCAUUUUUGGGGAGGGCUUCAACAAGGGCUUGGUCAAGGUCGAUACCAAUAGGAUAGAAAACAAAAAUCCCACCAUUUCAUUCGUGGAUCAAGUAGAGAGUGCUUCCACGCUGAUGGUCUCAGAGAUGAUGAUUUUGGCAAACUCACUUACAGGAAAGUAUUUUCGCGACAACAAAAUACCAGGUGUCUUUCGGUGUUAUGAGGAACUUGCCUUGAAGGAUUCCGCACUGCAAAGUUACAACUCGCUGCGGACUAUGACACACUCGAAAAGACUGCCGUCUGUGACGGACAUUGCAAAAUUGUCGUCAUUUCUAAACUCCAGCUUCUAUACCGGCAAAGCAGCUAGACAUCAUAUGAUUGGCGCAUCUGCAUACCUGACAAUGACAUCUCCGUUAAGGAGAUUUCCAGAUCUCGUGAACCACCUUCAACUACACGCUCAUUUGAACGGGGAGCCGUUGAGGUUUACGCAAACCGACGUUGACCGCAUGAUAUGGCACAUUCAGUCCCGCGAUGUUGUUUUAAAAAAGGCUGCACGGCAGUGUGCUGCUUACUGGACUCUCAAAUAUUUGAAAUCCAAACAAAGUGAGGAUCCACAUUUCAACUUAUCCGUUAUGGUCACAUCUGUUCCACAAAUGGGAUAUGUGCGCUGCAUGGUUCCUGAUCUAAGUGCCGCUCGCGGCACUCUGAAGCUGCGGCCCGACGCGCAUUCGAAAUGGGCAAUUGGCGACACAGUGACCAAUUGUAAGAUCAAAAGUCUAGACUGUUUACAGGGCACGAUGGAACUGGAAAUGCAGUGA